AACUGCCUGCUUUAAAAGAAGGCUCUUGAGUCAGUUGUAUCACCGAACAUUAGAGUAGUACAGGAAAUAUAUAUUCACAUCUAUAACCAUAAUAUCUGUUCAGAUUCAUUCCAAAAUAUGGUCUGUGGCGACGGCAUAGGAUGAUAUUAUAUCCGUCCACAUCAGUCGAAUACAUUAUUAGAGGGGGAAGAUGAAGCGAUCAGCUCACUGGGCGUGAAGACCUGGGUGUGAAUACCAGUGAGCUGAAUAGUGACUUUUUUAGUCGCGCACUGGAAAGACGAAAACCUGCUGCCAAACGACAGACUGGUUUAAUUUAUGCAAAAUAGCCAUGAAGAUGAGUUACUAUAUAAUAUAAAUAUUUUCUCAAAUUUUGAGCCCAGGGCUGAAGAAUGUCUAAAAUUACGGAUUUCUGCGUGAUAUUAUCGCAAACGGGACACUUUUUUUCUCUCUUUAGGUUUUGAAACACGUCUCUCAUCCUUUUCCUGUGGCAUGCCGAAUGCCGGUGCGUUCAUACUGGAGUAUUGAUCAUACAGAAAUAGCAUUUAUUGCCUCGAAGAAGGAUAAGAUAAAUGUCAAUGACAAUUUCGGCAGUAUGUCAUAGAUUUCGACCAAGGGUCAUUUUUACGUUCUGAAGACCAAGAAGAAUACUGCUUUAAAAUUGAGACAUGUUUUUUUAAAGAUCAUCAGAAUGAAUGUGGACGCACAUUUUCACAGUGGUUACGGCUCUGACAAUAGUAUAUUGCAUCUGAGGACAACUGCAUGAAACAAUCUACCGUCAAAGGAAUCUUGAUUUAACCGUUUUCUAAUUUCCUCGACCAUUUAGGCGUACGAACACUUACGAAAGAACUGAAUCCCUAACAUUCAUCAUUUUGUUUCAUGCUUUAAAAAUUACACGGGGAUGACGGUCAGACAAACAGCAAUUGGAUUCUCUGGAAUUAAUAGCUCCCAGCUUAGUGACUAUUGUUAGCACCUGUUGUGUCCGGUCUCAGUGCCCCCUCUCCCCAUCGCUGGACGUCCUGACCAGUCCUCCACCAUGGAGAGCCUGAGCGAGCUACAGAACCCGCUCUUGGACAAGAACAGCAAGCACGUGGUCAAGGGCGACUACGGCUACAAAGGUGACUUCCCCAACAACCAGUACCAGGAGAACAUAAUCAACUACUUUGUGACGGGCGGUGGGGGCAAGGCCAAAGCCCAUCAGCUGCUGGAUGCUACCUCACUGCACCUGGCUGUGGAGGCCUUCUACAAACCCAACUUCAUCCUCUAUAAGGACGACGUCAGCGUCAAAGGCAAGGAUUAUAAAAGCGAGUGUUGCGAGACCACCUUCACGGAGAACAAGGAGGCAACAUCCGAGUGCACGCCCACCGAAGACCCCCAAGCCAAGCUACUGGGGGAGAAUGACGUGAAGAUCCAGACUGUGUCCUACGAGGUGGAGGAAGAGGAGUACCAUGAAUAUGAGAGUGACUGUUCCAGUGACAGUGAGAGCGAGGACAACUUCAUCAUGGUCCCACCGCGAGACCACCUGGGCCUGGCUAUCUUCUCCAUGCUCUGCUGUUUCUGGCCCCUGGGCAUCGCCGCCUUCUACUUCUCUCAGGGGACGAGCAAAGCCAUCGCCAAGGGAGACUUCCCGCAAGCAAGCACCGCGUCCCGUAGGGCUCUGUUCCUGGCCGCCCUGUCCAUAACGAUCGGAACAGGAGUGUACGUGGGUGUGGUGGUGGCCCUCAUUGCCUACUUGUCCAAAUCUGGACACGUAUAGCAGCAGGAAGGGCGCUCGGGCGGAGUCUCGGCGUGGCGGUACCCCCUUGGCACUGUCUGAGCGGCUCCUCCCCAUCUCUGCCUGUCCAAUUGGCUUAGGGGGAGGAAGAGGGGCAGUGGAAAAGGGAGGGCGGGGAAAAGGGGGUCAUUUGUAAAAAGUUAAACAUUUACCUUAGUGAAAGGAUAUAGAUCUGCUUACAUUGAUCAGGCCUGCACCCUGCAUCCUAUUAAGCAAGCCCAAUUAGGUCCUUGAACUGUAUUGUUUUUCCUAAUAUUUUGAGACUGGUACAAAAAAUAAAACGCUGGGGAAAUGAGCAAACCAAUUAUCCAAAGUUUCGGCGAACUUGGAGUAAAGUGUCGCAGAGAAAAACCUGAGAGGAUUAGAGAACUUUUGUGCCCUUGUAUUCACUCCCUCCUCUAUACAAUCAGGGCUGCAUUUCAAUGUAGAAAAUGAGCAUUUAAGCGAUACUGUUUUCUUAUGAAAUCAAUUAUACACAUCCUCAAAGUUCCAGAACAAUCAAUCCCCAAUGAUUUUCUUCCCUGUGCUGAAGGUUCCAUGUCCACUGUCUAAUCUAUUGUGUUUCUGUUUUUAAUAUUUUUUCUUAAAAGUUUUACAGAUGGUGUGGUAAUAUUGAAGUGUUUCCAUUUGAAAACAACUCUUACUGUAUUUGUCUAAGUGCGUUAUCUGGAAUCCACCUUAAGGCCUGCUUUAAUCUUGAAGAGACAAUUGCAACAACCCCUGGCAAGUCAGUCACAGCUUCUGAGUGAAGUGAAGUGAAGAGAACCAAGCUGUGAUUUACAAAAAGUACACCACUCAAAAACACCCUUCUGUAUUUUUCAUUUGAAUUAAUGCAUUUGGCAAGAGUUCAAAAUGGAUCCCUUUGCAACUUGUUUCAGAGAAACAAAUAGAAGACAUCAUGUCCUGAUUUAUACAAAACAGAGGAAAAAGGAUGUUUGAAUAAUUAUGGGCAGCAAUCUUAGUCUGCGGGUCACUCUGAUCCUAUUGUUUUUGUUCUUGUAGCCGAGAGUUUGACAUCAUCUGCACUGUAGCCUCUGUGACUUUACCUGGCCCUGUAAGGUUAGGACUAAAGUGGACAGUCAGUGGACAUUCUAAAGUCAAGUUGUCAACAAAAAAGAGAGUUCUUAUCCUGAAUUCUGUGAACACUUCAAGCAUUUUCCCCUCUGACUUGGCAUCUGAUCAAGACAGGCCACAAAGCAAGGAUGGUUCAAAAAUUAAAUUGAGAGAUAGUUUUGGUUCAUAUCUUAGAUGGGUGCUGCUGAAAUUGGCUUUGGCUCUUGUGAGUUCAAACUGGGUCAACACAAAGAACAACAGUACUUUCAUCAUGUUUCUACAUGACCCAAUUCUUAUAUCUUGAAUGUUUUGUCCCCACAGGGAAGACAUUAUAAAUGCAUUUAGUACUCAUUGCUAUCCUUUUCCAUAAAACAAUAAUGGUUUAUCUAUUUUUGUUGUUUAAUGCAGCAAUGUGCAAUUCCCUGAUUUGUUCUAAAUCCAAGUUUUAAAAUCUACCUGUGGAGAGCCCCAAGCAUGUCGGGGCACAAUGUCAAAUCAGAACUUUGGAAUGCUUUCACUUUUAACAGAAUUCUUGGACCUGGAUCAUAAAACAGUAUUGAUCAUAUGUCAGACUGCUACAGUAUCAUUGCCAAGGCAAAGAAUCCCAGCUUGUAUUCGCUUGCAUUACUAGUGUGAAUGGCAGCUUUGAAAAGUGUACGGCAUCUCAGAUGCAGUCAGAAAGAACAACAGGGCCCUGUAAAUAACAUCUAUCAUUAAGGCCCUUAGAGAGGUUAUGACUGCUACCACUAUAGUUAAGAACAUAAUGAGGAUUAUUUAUGAUUCAUAAAUAUUUCAAAGAAUCAUGUGCAAUUUAAAUAACUGUAUGUUUUUAAAAGACGCACAUAAGGAUGAGUGAGAGUACUUGUCUUUUUAAAGCACUAAAGUGGGUUAUGCUGAACUUCACAACAAGAUGCUCCAUAUGGCUAUUAGGCUUGGCUCUUAAUAGCACCGCCAUUAUUACUCUUGAGAAACCCACUGUGGGGAGUAAUAAGACAUCAGCCCAGAAAACCAUGGCAUCGGUUUCCAUUCCAAACACUGGUGAAUACAUAAUGCAUAAACCCACAUCCCUCGCCCACAUUCUUACCUUGCAAGUUAAUGUGUCCCUGGGAGCCAGGAGACAGACAAAGAGCCAAUCACUGCGCUCAUCAAUCUUGUUAACGUAUAGCACAAUAGCCUAUUAUACUGCUGCAGCAAGGUUGACAGACUGUUGUGCAUAAUAACAAUGUACAGAAAAACAAAUUUUAGCUUCAUUCUGCUGUGCAUUCACAGUAGGAAAAGCAAAGUCAGUCACGCACGACCAGUGGUGCUUAGUACUGAUGUAAAAGGUACAAAGGUACGGUUUGACUGUGAAAUGGAGAUCCCCAUAAAGAGAUGGUGUCAGUGCAGUGUAUCUUCUACAAGAGCAAAGGCAGAUUAGACUAGAAGAAGAAAGCAAAAAAUUAUUAUACACAUAGUUUAGAAUAGGAAAAAAAACGAACAUCCUGUAGAACGUAUUGUAUAUAAUCAAGAAAUAUUUCUCUCAAACUUUCAACAGAGCAGCAUAUGUUUACAAAAAUGGUCAACGCAUUAAUCUAGGAACUGAGUCAAGCAAUGUGAGGACAAGUAUACAACAGUUGGCAAAAUCAAUAUUGAGCUAAAAGACAAAUAGCUUCACAAGCCUGCUUUGUCAUAAAAUUCAAGGUCAAGGGUGCAUUGUUCCAUGGAGAAUACUGAUAAUCCAGUACAUGCCUUCCCAUAGCAUUAAAAUCUGCAUCAUACAUUUACAAUUUCCUGCACAGGUCAGGCAUUAGUCACACUUGUCAAGGAUGGUUUACAAUUAGCUUCUCAUAAUUGCUUUUUCAGAUAAGAUUAAUAUUCUCUGGAGCAUAGCCUGUACAUUGGAAUACAUGUCAUCAUCAUGGGACCAUUCAUCUACAUUCAUCUGAAACUCAAUGUGACCUGCAUCUCCUACAUAAAAUUAUUUCACAUCAACACAAUUUAUGGUAAUCAGACAGUAUGCAUACAUAUGGCAAGUAAAUUCAGGGGUUUAAAUCAUUCUGGAAGGUUUUUUAUAUUCAUCCAUUAAAUCCUAAUUGGCACAUACGUAUCUAAUUCAGCCUAAUCCCUGUUGGUACAACACGCACGCACGCAUGCACGCACGCGCACACACAAACACACACACACACACACACACACACACACACACACACACACACAGAUAACACUGAAUUUUAUUUGAAAGAGGGCAUCUAUGAAAAUGAAAGAACCGCCAUCAAGUACUUAGUGAUAAAAAAAGCCUUCAGUUUGGUGUGUGGCUCAUUUCAUUUGAAAUGAGGCAUGUUGUUUACCUUCAACUAUUACCUAUGGGCCGUGUUCAUCUUUCCACCUAUUAUGACCAAAUGCAUUCCCAUGGCAACGGCCUCCACAUUGUGUCUUAUCACACAACUUUGAACCUAAUAGCUGGCACUCAUGACUAAUUACCAUCAGUGAAUGUACUGAGAGAUUUUUUUCAAAGAAACCCGUACAACACCUUAAUGUCAUCUGCAUUUCAAUCUGUGAUACUCGUGUAUUUUUCCAAUAACAUUGUGAACACUGUAAAUAAUUAAGAGUGCUUGUAUGUUCUGCUGUUUGGAAGUGGUCAAAAAGAAAGAUUAUUGUUGCUUUGUGUUUUGAGGUGAAUUGAUUCAAAUAACAUGUUAUUUGCCACAUACUUUUACUGUUUAAUAUGUACAUAUUCUUAUUUAUGAUUGAUGAAAUGCUCAUUAGAAGAUAUCUGUAAAUACCACAGAAAGCACGUACUGUAAUUACCAUGACAUUUACCAUUUUGAUUUAAGAGUCCCUGUGGAUGUGUUCUAAAGCUUGUUAAUACAAAUGUAAGAAGCCCUACUUUCCAACAGGGAAAAUUCACAUCUGUUUGUAUAGCCAUAGUGUUUUUGUGAUCAAGAGACUAAAGAAAUGUCUUGAAUGAAUCUGAAGACACUCAAGGUGCUGUUCUAAUCACAGAACAUACAUCUUCAGUGUCAUUUAUUUUAGUGGGUACAUUUUCAUUGUAAAUGGUUUGGCAGAAGGUGCAGUGGGCUAGUGCUGUACACGUUGUGGAGCAGUGGGUGGGGCAUAAUGUAACAUAGUUAAGUGUGCUCAUAUUUGUCAUCUGUAAAUAAAACCUGAAUACAAAUGCUA